AACAUGAAUAUUGUUGAUCAAUUCCUUCGUAACAAUUAUAUUUUGGCCAUUUGUGAGGAUGCAAUCUGCAAGAAAUCAUUUACUCUUCAUCUGUCGCAUUUUAAAAUGUCGGAAGUACCGGAUUUAGUGGAGAAAUGUGAAAUAUUAUUGAAAUUGUUUUUGAAUCGUAAUCAAUUGACCAGGCUGCCAUCGUUUUUAACGAAAUUCACCAGCCUACAAAUACUAACAUUGGACUAUAACCAACUGAAUGAAUUUCCUCUGGUGCUGUGUCAACUGAUCAGUUUAAAAUCUCUAAAUAUUAGUUGUAAUUCCAUAACAAAAUUACCGCGAGAAAUUUGCCAGCUAACACAAUUGGAAACAUUUUGGUGCAACAACACUGGCCUGUUGGAAUUGCCCGAGGAGUUGGGAAAUUGUGAUCGUUUGGAGACAUUGGGUGCCAGAGGAAAUCAACUGCAAACACUACCCGCAACUAUGUGCCGCCUAAAGAGACUACGUUGGCUAACAUUGGAAAAUAAUCGACUAACAGUGAUACCCGACACCUUGGGCGAACUGACGAAUUUGAUACAUUUAAAUUUGAAAUCGAAUCGGUUAACGCACAUACCCAAUUGUUUGUCGCAGCAAAAGAAAUUGCAAUAUGUCUUCUUAAAUUGUAAUUGCAUAGCGACAUAUUCCUCGGAAGAUCUACUAAAAUCUUUGAGCCAUAUACGUAUGCUUAAUAUCUGUGAUAAUCCCGUGUGUGAUGUACCAACAUUGCAGGAGAAGUUAAAGGAACAUUAUAAUAUAUUCUGCGAUAAUAGUCAAGAAGAUGAUGUGACCGGUAGCGAUACGGUAAAUGUCGAAAAUGAUGUGGAUGAUGACAAUGGGGAAUAUCAAAGCGAUUGGGAAAAUUCUAUAGAAACAAGUGACAUCGAUUCCACCGAUUCAAGUAGUACAGAAAAUAAUUUAGAGGAUAUUUCAAUACUUAUACCGGAACUAUCACGUUAUAUUACAAAUUUCAGUUAA